GCUGAUUCGCAUCCAUGUCCACUUCAAGCCAGGUACAGCUCGAGGAGUAAACUACAGCCUGCAUUGUACAUAUGGUGAUGACACCGUUCGUUCGUUGAACUCGCUUGCAAUGAAGAGAGCAUCGAUUCCCCAUUAACGGACUUUUGGUUCCAUUAAUCGACUAAUCCGACAUCGCAGUGGCAGCUAUUGAACAAAUGUUCUUGGCUGCUCUGCUGAUCUUCGCUUCCAGUACCCGCGCGAGCCACAGGAGUCAACUUUGUCGAGAAUCCUCAGCAGGAUAUGUGUUGUACCGUAUCCAGUCACUUCCUUCAACAGGCCAAAGUACAUGCAUGACGUGGAAUCUCAGGAGGCGUCAUCGCAACAUGGGUCGGAUGUGGUUGAGGAGAUCGGCCCUCGGUUAUAACUUCCUGAAGAAUUCAAUGCUAUUCACCAGACCAUUGAACACCUACAUGACCACUGGUAUUACCAGGUUGUUAUCGUGGAUCGAUCGUGCCUGGCUCCGCUCAUCGUUGCGCCAUUGACAGGAACCCGGGUUAUCAUGACUGCAUCCCAAGGUUGUUUCAUCGGUGCUCAACACAAUUACAACUUAUCACGGCACAUACAGCCCGAUCUCCAUCGGCGGACGGGGGUCCGGUGCCCAGCAGCCAUCACGGGAUUUUUAAAAUGAUCCUUGCAUGGACGUCUGGGCGGUGGUCGGCUCUGUUUGUUGUGAACACUGAACAUACUUGUAGAGUAAACUUGCCGGAUUCUUUUGCAGCGCACGCCGAGAUGCAUGUGAUGCACUCCAUCUCCUGUCGGCGCUGCAACACUCCCCAGGGCGAUCACCGGCAGAACAGACUGACGUUCCGUGUCUGACAUGCAAUAUUCGUUCAGUCGCAGGAUUCCGACGCGAUGCGAUCGUCCCGGAGCAAGGUACAAACCUGCAUAUUUCAUUCCUCCCUGCCUCUGUACCAAUGACCAGGAUACCGCU